AUGAGUGACGAGGAGUUGUUUCGGAGAGCAUCAAUGGUUCCUAGAAUUCAAUAUUUUCCUUACAAGCUUGUUCCGAAAGUCGCUUUCAUGUUCUUGACAAAGGGACCUCUACCUUUGUCUCCCUUGUGGGAGAAGUUUUUCAAGGGACAUGAAGGACUAUACUCCAUUUAUGUGCACGCACACCCUGAUUUCAAUGAAUCAGUGCCUGAAGAUUCUGUCUUCCACGGUAGAAGAAUUCAUAGCCAGGUCUAUUGGGGAACAUCAUCAAUGUUAGAUGCCGAGAGACGCCUCUUAGCAAAUGGACUUCUUGACAUCUCCAACCAAAGAUUUGUGCUGCUUUCUGAAUCCUGCAUUCCUUUAUUCAACUUCUCAACAGCAUAUGACUACCUCAUCAACUCAAACCAAAGCUUCCUGAACUCAUUUGAUGACCCUGAAAGCCAGGGCCGGGGUCGAUACAACCCUCAAAUGUACCCCAUGAUAAACAUCACAAAUUGGAGAAAGGGGUCUCAGUGGUUCGAAGUGCACCGUGAGCUUGCCGUCCACAUUGUUUCGGAUCGGAAAUAUUAUCCGAUCUUUCAACAGUACUGCAACCCUCCCUGUUACAUUGAUGAGCACUAUAUUCCAACACUUGUGAACUUGUUGUACACUGAGUUGAGUUCGAAGAGAAGCGUUACUUGGGUGGAUUGGUCAAGAGGUGGUCCUCAUCCUGGAAAAUUUGGAUGGAUUGAUAUUUCGAAUGAGCUUUUGAAUCGGAUUCGGUUCGGAUCAAAAUGCACGUACAAUGGCAAUACAACUUCAGUGUGUUUCCUGUUUGCUAGAAAAUUCUUACCUAAUACAUUGGAACCUUUGUUGCGGGUUGCCCCUUUGCUACUUGGUUUUGAUCAAUAA